CGACGGCCUCCUCGCUCCGCGCAGGCUCAGUGGGCGGGGAGGGCGGAGCUGCGGCUUUCGGUUCCAGCGUCCCAGCCUCAGGCGUCCUGCCCAUCCCACCCCCUCCUGGCGCCUCCGACUGAAGAUCAUCCUUCAAGGAUUUUGUAUCCAAGACUUGAAAGUCUGUUACCCAAGAUGAUGAAUGCUGACAUGGAUGCAGUUGAUGCUGAAAAUCAGGUGGAACUGGAAGAGAAAACACGACUUAUUAAUCAGGUGUUGGAACUCCAACACACACUUGAAGAUCUUUCUGCAAGAGUAGAUGCAGUUAAGGAAGAAAAUCUGAAGCUCAAAUCAGAAAACCAAGUUCUUGGACAAUAUAUAGAAAACCUCAUGUCUGCGUCUAGUGUUUUUCAAACAACUGACACAAAAAGCAAAAGAAAGUAAAGAGUUCAUUUCCUCUCUUAUGGAGUUGCUUCUCUCUCUCUCUCUCUCUCUCUCUCUCUCUCUCUCUCUCUCUCUCCCUCCGU